AUGAAAACUGUACUGUUGGAUGCUGAGGAGAAGCAAGUCGAUAAUCAUCAAGUGCAAGUGUGGCUGAUAAAGCUUAAAGAUGCUCUCUAUGAUGCUGAGGAUGUGCUUGAUGAUUUUGAAUCUGAAACUCAUAGAAGGCGAGUGCUUAAAUUGUAUGAUGAAAGAAGAAACGAGAAUAUAGAAAAUAUCAUUAGACUUUUGCAAAGCUCUAGUGAUGGUCGACAAAUCUCUAUUAUUUCUAUUGUCAGAAUUGGAGAUGAUGUUUGGAAUGAUAAUCCUAUGAAAUGGGAUCCAUCUAAAGAGCUUUUUCGGACAGGUGCCAAUGGAAGCAAAAUCAUGGUUACUACACGUAGUAAGAAAGUAGCCUCCAUUAUGGGCACUAUUUCAGCACCGCAUGAAUUAUCAGGCCUUCCUUAUGAUGAGUGUGCAGCUUUGUUUACUAAAAGUGCAUUUAAAGAAGGCCAAGAGAAGCACUAUCCAAACUUGUUAAGAAUUGGGAAUGAAAUAGUAAAAAAAUGCGAAGGCAUUCCAUUAGUAGUGAAAACACUAGCAUCACUUCUUUUAACAAAUACAGAUGAAAGUUAUUGGAAAUCUAUAAGAGAUAACGAGUUGUGA